CAAAGACAACGGGACCAUUACAAUACUCCUUUCCCAACAUCCAGAAAUUUCUAUAAAGUCUGCAUGAAGGAUUUGUUGUCAGGGGAAUCUGACAGACAAGGAAGGUUUUUAAAGUUUUUCAGGAACGUUAAAGGGCUGCAAACGUACCAUCAUGUUGAUGAUAAAGGUAGUUCUCCUGUGCCUAUUGGCCACCGUGAGUGCGAACAAGACCCUCAGCAGCCAUGCCACCAUCCUGGCAAACAACAGUGCCUCUUUGGCUUUUAAUCUGUACCACAUCAUGGCAAAAGAGAAGGGCAUGGAGAAUAUCCUUAUCUCCCCUGUUGUAGUGGCCUCUUCUUUGGGUCUUGUAGCUCUUGGUGGGAAAUCAAACACUGCUUCCCAGGUAAAAACUGUCCUCAGUGCCACUACGUUGAAAGAUGACCAGCUGCACUUAGGACUGUCUGAACUUCUCACCGAGGUCAGCAACUCUACAGCACGCAAUGUCACCUGGAAGAUCAGCAACCGGCUGUACGGACCCAGCUCUGUUAGCUUCGUUGACGACUUUGUGAAGAACAGCAAGAAGUAUUAUAAGUACAGCCACUCCAAAAUAAACUUCCGUGACAAGCGUAGUGCAGUAAAAGCGAUCAACGAUUGGGCAUCAAAGUCCACAGAUGGCAAGCUGUCCGAGGUGACCAAAGACAUGGAGAAGACAGAUGGAGCCAUGAUCAUCAAUGCCAUGUUCUAUAAACCACACUGGGAUGAGCAGUUCCAUCAUAAGAUGGUGGAUAAUCGUGGUUUCUUAGUCCAUCGCUCCAAUACCGUCUCUGUACCCAUGAUGCAUCGCACAGGUGUUUAUGGCUUCUAUGAUGACACAACCAACAACCUUAAUGUUUUGGACAUGCCACUGGCCCAUAAGAUGUCAACUAUGGUGUUUAUCAUGCCGUACCAUGUAGAAUCCCUUGAAAGAGUAGAGAAACUAUUGACACAAAAACAACUAGACACUUGGAUUAGUAAACUGGAACAGAGAGCAGUUGCAGUGUCACUGCCAAAAGUCAGCAUGGAAGUCAGCCACAAUCUGCAGAAACAUUUAGCUGAUCUAGGUCUGACUGAAGCUGUGGAUAAAGCCAAAGCUGAUCUAUCUAACAUUUCAGGGAAAAAAGACCUCUAUCUCUCCAAUGUGUUCCAUGCUUCAUCAUUGGAGUGGGAUACAGACGGAAAUCCACCUGACACCAGCAACUUUGGUACCGACAAGCUCAAGAACCCCAAACUGUUCUAUGCUGACCAUCCUUUCAUCUUCCUGGUGAAGGACAAUAAGACAAACUCCAUCCUUUUCAUUGGAAGGCUGGUCCGGCCAAAGGGUGAUAAAAUGAGGGAUGAAUUGUAAUUCAUAUCCAAGCUCUUAUUUAAAUGUGAGUGUAUGCGAUUAUUGUGUGUGUGUGUGUACCGAUUUGUGGAUGUCUCUCAGCAUUUAAAGAGGGCAGGAAAGUGAAUGGUUAGACUGAAACACUGGAGUUACUAGUACUAUUUAAUGGGCGGACCAUGAUGUUUACUUAAAACUUGAUUUUAAGGUGUCUGCUAAGAUGCUUUUGUUCAUAAACAAUGGCAAAAAGCAUCACAAAUUAUGCAUACUACAAGUCAUCAAGCUCACAUGAGUAUAGACAUCAUGCUUAUAUUAAGUAUGAUUUCCCCAAAAUUGGUCUAAAAUCAGCAUGAACAGCAUUCUACUCAGGGGUUUAUCUAUUUUUGUUUUGCGUUUUGAUGGUUUGUUGAGCACAUAACAUACUGUGCCAAUGUUUGACUCGUCACAAACAGUAUGUGGGUGUUACACAAAGUGCCUACAAGUUCACCAUGCCAUACUGCAACAUUCCCCUUAGAAGUGCACACUUGUGUCUGCACUGAAUACCGUGUCUGCACUAGAGAGCAUGUGACAUGAGCGCACAUCUGUACAUGAACAUUUUAAAGCUUGUUUUCAUACUGUACCAAUACAAAAACACGGUUGUCUAAAUGUUCAAUUGUUCCUCUUUUUUUCAAUAAAAUAAGCAAUA